AUGUCCACGUGCAGAAUUACCAGAGAGGACGGUCAACCCACUCUGGACGGACCCUUGGUUGUUAAGGGUGCCCAUCCAGAUAUCCCUGUAUGGAUAUCCCGCCAACAGAUAGAGCCUGAGUAUUUUGACGGCAAUGAGGUUAAGCAGCUUGAUUUAGAUGAGCCUGGCGAUGAUAGCAACGGUGAGGUUGAUCUCACAGGGAUUCUGGAUGGGCUUGAGCCUGAUAGACAUGUAGACGCGGUGCUCAAUGCCGGCCCUCUUGCCAAGUCUUUGCACAGCCAGUCGGCCAUGCCUGACGGCCAUAAGACCCGCUCACCAGAUGACAUAACCAGGAUUAGAAACCACUUUAAUCAGAAGUACCGACCAGGGCUAAUGAGAACUCCUCAGCAUUAUAGCCAAGUUCUAAGGCUUAAUAAGACCAUUCAUAGGUAUUAUGGAGUAAAGGAGGCGCUCUUCAAGUCAGGUGCGAAGGUGACGACGCAAACUCGCUCGAAGUCAAAGUACCCCUCAUAUUUUGCGGCAUGGUGGGAUUUGCGUGACCUAGGGACAGACGUUAAUAGCGAGAUUUUUGAAGACUACAUUAAGCAGCUCCUUCCUCAUUGCGGAAGACGGCCGGAGCUGAGGUUCGUACUAGUGAUAGAUAAUCGUAUCUCAACUAGUCUUGGCCAAUGCUGCCUCGCGUAA